UCGAAAGCCAGGCAAGACAUCGCGGCGCACCAACCACGGCCCCCUCCUCACCUCCCCAGAUGGCCGACGCCUCUUCAGGCGGCGGCCGCGGCCGCGGCGCACCUCGUCCAUCGACCGCCGCCAACCUUACGCCGUCGACGUCGGCUCCCUCGUCCCUCGACGGUGGCCUCCUCCUCCGUCUCCUCCAAAACCCUCCCCCGCGCCCGAACCAACAACAAACCCCCGUCCAGCCCCUCCCCGAGCAGCACAACUUCGUGGACCCCGCCGUCGCCGCCGUCGGGUCUCUGUUCCCAUACCCGCCGCAGGUUCACGGCCGAGGCUUCGCGUGGCCCUCCUCCUCCGCCGCCACCCAACCGCAGCUCCGGUUCCCCGAUCCCCGCUUCGCGCAGCCGUCGGAUCCCUACGCCGAGCGUGGAGGCGCUGGCCUCGGAUCCGUGGAUGGGGUCGCGAGGAGCAGGGGGGAGAAGCCAAGGACCGGGGCGCCGCCACCUGGGUUCGGCAAGGCGUCACCUCCUGGGUUCGGCAACGCGUCGCAUCCUCGUGAGGUGCAGGAUGUGUUUGGUGGAAUGCAACAGAACAUGGAGCAGGGAAGGGAGUCGAACCAUCAACAUCCGAAGGGUUUCGGUAGAGCACAGAAUAAUGAACAUCAGAUGAUGCCCCCUUUUGCAGGAGGCCAGGGCGUACUCGGCAGAUUGCCCCACGGGGAGCACCAUACACCUCCAAUCACAGUUGGCCGUGGAACAGCUUCUGGAAUGCUGUACAUGGAGCAGCAGCAGGAUCGCAUAUUGUCAAGGACGCCUCCUGAUGCAAAUGCCCAUGGCAUUGUUGGCAGGAUGCCGCAUGGAGAGCAUCAUAUGCCUCAAUUUGCUGGUGGCAGGUUGCUCCCUGGAGAUCAUCAUAGCCAUCCAUCCACAGGUGGCAGGAUACCGCACCAAGGUCAGCGGCAGCAACAGCCUGGCUUGGCAAACAUGUCACAACAUGAGCCGAGGUGGCAGGGUCAUGGCUCACAGAAGCUGCCCAAUGCGAAUGUGUGUGAGAUGAAAGUGAAAGAAAAACACCAGGUGAUAGUACCUGCUAGCACUUCAGUUGGCGUAGAUGUAAGGGAGGAUAGAGGUAAGAAGAUGCUGGCAGAAACAAAUGGUUUGGAGGUUGAUGGAGUCGGGGAAGUAGGUUAUGAACAUGGAAUGCAUGGACGGGUUGUAGUGGAGGGCAGCAAUUUUGAAGUACCGUAUCAUAAGGGUGAGGUUAGAUUUGCUGGGAAGACUGAACAAGACGAUGAAAGCAAGGAGGAAGAUGCUAUAAUUGAGCAGUUCAUGGACACUGUGGUGAUUGAGGGAAAUGGUGAGGCCAAUAACGUGGUGGUGCAAAGUAGUGGCUCAAGGAGUAAGGACUUCAGAUCAGACUUCUCUAGAGGGCAUCAUGUGUCAAGCCAACGUGUAAGAUUUCAGAGGAGAAUCAGGGCAUGUCGGUAUGACAUAGAUCAAUUUUCACCUAGUUUCUUGUCAAUCUUUGAAUCAUUGGUGCCAUCAGAAGAAGAAAUUGCAAAGCAGAACCAGUUGCUGAUAGCUCUGAGCAGACUAAUAACCAUGGAAUGGCCGAAUUCAAAACUUUACCUCUAUGGAUCGUGUGCUAAUUCGUUCGGUUUCUCCAAUAGUGAUAUUGAUCUUUGUCUCUCUAUUGAUAACAAUGAAAUGAGCAAGGUUGAUAUUAUACUGAAAUUGGCAGAUAUCCUCCAAGCUGGUAAUCUCCAGAAUAUCCAGGCAUUAACUCGAGCAAGGGUUCCAAUAGUGAAGCUUAUGGAUCCGGAUACAGGGCUUUCCUGUGAUAUAUGUGUCAAUAAUCUUUUAGCAGUUGUUAACACAAAACUUCUAAGAGAUUAUGCGCAAAUAGAUCGAAGGUUACGGCAAUUGGCUUUCAUUGUGAAGCAUUGGGCGAAAUCUCGCCGUGUAAAUGAAACAUACCAAGGAACACUUUCUAGUUAUGCCUAUGUGAUAAUGUGCAUCCACCUCUUACAGCUGCGAAGAAUACUCCCAUGCCUACAGGAAAUGGAGGCGACUUGUUAUGUCACUGUGGAUGAUAAUCAUUGCGCUUACUUUGACCAAGUGGACAAGCUAAAUAACUAUGGCGCUCACAAUAAGGAGACUAUCUCAAGUCUGCUUUGGGCCUUUUUCCAUUACUGGGCCUACCAGCAUGAUUACACAAAAGAUGUCAUAUCAAUUCGUACUGGAAGGAUCAUUAGUAAGCACAUGAAGGAUUGGACAAGACGGGUUGGAAACGACAGGCAUCUCAUUUGCAUUGAGGACCCAUUUGAGACAUCCCAUGAUCUUGGUCGUGUUGUGGACAAGUUCAGCAUCAAGAUUCUCCGAGAGGAAUUCGAGCGAGCUGCCAAUAUAUUGCAGUAUGAUCCGAAUCCUAGUGUGACACUCUUUGAGCCAUAUGUGCCCCCUCCUCCGUCAACAAGCAUGGAACGGGAGGGGACGGCAAGCACCGCAGGAGUUGUACUCUGAUGAUAACACAUAUCGUAGUUAGACGUGCUGUAUCAAGGAGCCCUCUUGUUAUACAGGAUUUUCCAGUGGCUCGCCUCAUAUGUGCAUAUCUGUACAAUAGGUGCAUAGUUGUGAAAUAUCUAGAUGCCGGCGGCAGUAUGCAGCUGCUAUGUAAGGGUAUGCCAGGGAAUUUAUUUUUAUCAAAUCUAGAGUCCUGCAGAAGGCGAUGUCAGGAUCAGACUAUACUGCCCAUUCUUGAUUGCAGUUCAGCUAUGAUUAGAGGCUUGCGCGAGAUGGUAGAACAUAAUAUUUAUCGUUGUGUAGGACACCAAGGCAUGAAUACAUCAUCAUCAUUUUAUUCGAGGGAUAGUCCUGGCCUGACAAUUUUGCUA